AUGGUCCACUCGAGCGUGGUCGAGCCCGCGGCCAAGAGGGCCAAGACCACCGACCUGGCCGCGCUCCGCGCGUUCACCUACGGGGAGCCCCAAGGAAGGGCGGGCGCGACAGUGGGCAAGUUCCAGAAGCGGUGCCCCAGAGAGCUGCUGACGCCAGACCAGUACAACCUGCAGAAGCAACUGCCAGUCGUCGGCAUCGAGUACUCUUGCUCCACCUGGGACCUCACCUCCGCAAAGAGAUCGUACAGCUUGAACCCAGUUUUGAUUAAGGUUGGAUCUCCGUCCAACAUGCAUUGGGACAUGAUGGAGUAUCUUCGCGACCACUAUGCUGGGGAGGUCCACAUUUCCACAGGCAUGACCACCAAGGACGAGAUCGAGCAGAUCGUUAAGUUCUGGGAGGUAGGCGGCCACGCCGCGAACCGCGUCGUGCUGUACAAUUGCACCUCUGGAUACCCCGUGCCGUUCAAGGACGUCUGCCUGCUCGACAUCCGGCUGCUGCAGGAAAAGUACCAGCACCGCGUCAAGUGCAUCGGCUUUUCGGGGCACCACCUGGGCAUUGCCAUAGACGUUGCGGCAUACGCGAUGGGCGCGCAGUGGAUCGAGCGCCACUUCACCAAGGACCGCACCUGGAAGGGCACCGACCACGCCGCCUCCCUGGAGCCCGCCGGUCUCACGAAGCUCGUCCGCGAUCUCGACGCCUGCUACACCGCCUGCACCUACAAGGAGACCGACAUCUUGCCGCUGGAGUCGGAGCAGCGAGCGAAGCUGAAGUGGGGCCUGUACAAUAAGGAUAUCGUGGCCAAGCUGAAAGAUCGCCGCCCCAUCUAGGGCGGCGCAGGGUGUGCAAGGCUCUGCGAUGGAAUUCGUCUUCGACACGCGCAUGCGCUGUCCGAUGCGGCGGCGCCACGCGUGUCAUCUUUUCCGUGCUAUCAAUUUAGGACCAAACCAUCCCCGGUCGGUGAGUGCUUGUUCUCGACCUCAGUGGUUCAUGUGCGGCUUGGUGUGAGAUCCACGCCUGCCUGCAGCGUUCACCAGAUCCGAGCAAAGAGACUGCGGAGCAACAGUAAGAA